AGAUGAUAGUUGUCACCAGCCAAACAAAGGAGGGAAGAAGAAGACCAGACAGAACGGCGAUCUUUGAAUGACUACAAGUUUGCUCCUGCCGUCUGUGCAGAACACAUCGCUCCACUUGGAAAACAGUGGACUGUAUCAUGAGGGUUUUAAGUCCUCUCCUAAAAGCUGUAAUCCUCGAGCAUCUGGAUGUCCUGGAAAGACUGAUUAAUUAUGUGGCAGAACGUGAACGCUUGAAAGAACAAGAAGAACGCAGGAGGCAAGCUAUCGCAAGAAGACGACGUAUGUGGGUGAGUCCUUGGCUUCAGCACAGGCGCCUGCAUGGCCAAUAUGAAAAGUUGAUGAAAGAGCUGCAUGCUGAGGAUGUUACAGCAUUUACCAAUUUCAUGCACAUGGAGCCACCAGCUUUCCAUGAACUUUUGACAAGAAUUGCACCGAGGAUUACCAAACAAGAUACCAACUGCAGGAAAGCUCUGGAACCUGGUUUGAAGCUGGCUAUCACUUUGAGGUUCCUGGCCACUGGAAACAGCUACAAGUCUCUUCAAUAUGGAUUUCGAGUUGCUCACAACACCAUAAGUAUGUUUAUUCCACAAGUGUGCCAGGCCAUAAUUGAGGAGUUAUCUGAUGAAGUGCUUAUGUGCCCAGAUACUCCAGAGGGAUGGAAACAAGUGGCCCAACAAUUCUAUAACUGCUGGAACUUUCCUCACUGUGUGGGUGCCAUAGAUGCCAAACAUGUUGCCAUCAAGAAGCCUUUAAAGGCUGGCAGCUUAUUCUACAAUGACAAAGGAUUUUUCUCCAUUGUACUACUUGCAAUUGUGGAUGCUCACUACAAAUUCAUGUAUGUGGACAUUGGACGGACUGGCUCUGGCUCUGAUGCUGGUGUGUUUAAUGAGAGCCCUUUCAAGUCAGCAAUUGAGGCUGGUCACCUGAACCUGCCUGAAGCAGACCCUCUGCCUCAUGAUGACCAGCCACUGGGAUACUUCCUUGUGGGAGAUGACGCCUUUGCACUAAAGACUUGGCUCAUGAAGCCUCUUCCACUUCAAAACAUGACUCGCCAACAACAAGUGUACAACUACAGACUGUCAAGAGCCAGAAGAGUUGUGGAGAAUGCAUUUGGCCUUCUGGCAGCUCGGUUCCGCUGUCUUCUCGUCGCUUUGCCUCUAACUCCAGACAAGGUCAUCAAAAUCACACAUGCAUGCUGUGUCCUACAUAACUUCCUGCAACUCAGAAACCCUACAACUGAUGUUGCUACACUGGACCAAGAGGAUCCACAGCACAACCAUGAAAUAAUCCCAGGCUCGUGGAGACAGGAUGCCCAGCUGCCAGACAUGGAACAUCUUUAUCGUGGCGACACAAGCAGAGCAGCCAUGGAGCAAAGGAACUACCUCAUCGAGUAUGUCAACUCUCCUGUAGGCAGUGUGCCAUGGCAAGAUGAGUUACUGAAUAUUCAUUAGACUACUGUGACUGUGACAGUACUGCAGUCUCCUCUACCAUGGAAACAAAAUUAACAUUCUUUGGACUAUGUGACACUACUGACUUUGAAGUGUGUAAAUUUAUUUAAAAAUAUACAAAGUCAUUGUAAAACACAGUUUGAUUACUUUUGAAUAAAAUCACUAAAAAGUAUUUGAAUAAUUUUUUAAAGACAUUUGAAUGUGUUUUAUAAAGAGACUGUGCUGUUUCUGAAAUAACCAACUGAAAAUUGACAUUUGAACUCCUGCAUAAU